CAUCGCGAGUAGAUCGCUUCAUCAUCAUGGGAGAUGCAGACUUCCAGAAUCUGAAGCCAUCUUCUUUCUCAGACGUCAACUCAAGCAUGGAGCUGCUGAGCAACCUCAGUGCAUUGGACAGCAUCAACUCAGAUGUCGUUCAAGGAUUUGUGGCCUUAUCCAGCGAUGGUUUCUUGGAUCAUCAACAGCCGCCGUUUCCUGUGUCAAUCACUGAUCAUCAUCAUAAUAUCCAGAAGUUCUCCUCUUUCCAUUCUGAUGCUCCAUUUUAUGAAGAUCCAGCCGUUCAUUUCUUGCCGUCAACUGGAUGUUCAAGCCAUCAAGGCAACAGUCUGAAAGGGAUUUCUGAAGCAGCUGAUCAUGCCUUGGAAAGUUCUUUUCCUCCAGUUUCUGGAGAUGGGUUCCUUCAAGAUAACAAUACUAAGAUAAAUUAUCGAUUUGGAGGAAAGAAGAGAAAGAGAAGCAACGAGAAGGAAGUGGAGAAGCCAAGAGAAGUCAUUCAUGUGAGAGCGAAGAGAGGUCAAGCAACUGAUAGUCACAGUGUGGCAGAAAGGUUAAGAAGAGAGAAAAUAAACCAAAAGUUGAGAAGCUUGCAGGACCUGGUUCCAGGAUGUUAUAAGGCAAUGGGAAUGGCAGUAAUGUUGGAUGUGAUAAUCAACUACGUUCGAUCUUUGCAAAACCAAAUUGAUUUUCUGUCAAUGAAGCUCUCAGCGGCCAGUUUGUUUUAUGAUUUCAACUCGGAGUUGGAUCCAACUGAAACAACAAUGGGAACAAAUGGUUAUGAGGCACAAGGGAUGGAAGGAGGAGAGUAUGGAGGGUUUUCUCAAUUUCCACCAGCAUGGCCUCUUUGACCUUAAUUUUUGUUCCAUCACUUUCCACCCAAAUAUAUAUAUAUAUAUAUAUACAUACUCACAAUAAAUAAUAGUCUGUUCUAUCUCUAUGAAGUGGAGGAGGUGAUCUUGAUCUCCUUCAUGCUUGAAAUUUCACAUUAAACAUGCUAAUAAGAGUAAGCGUUGUAUUUUGAAUUAUUGCAAUCUCAAUUUUAUCUAUGGCAAUUAACAAUUUAGG